AUGGAGAUCAAGACUAUCGACUUCAAGCCCUUUCAGGACCAAAAGCCCGGCACCUCCGGUCUCCGCAAAAAGGUCACCGUCUUCCAGCAGCCACACUACAGCGAGUCCUUUGUCGCCAGCAUCCUCCUCUCCAUCCCCGAGGGCGUCAAGGACUCAUUCCUCGUCAUCGGCGGCGAUGGCCGCUACUGGAACCCAGAGGUGAUUCAGCUCAUCGCCAAGAUGGGCGCCGCCUAUGGCGUGAAGAAGCUCCUCAUCGGCCAAAACGGCAUCCUCUCCACCCCCGCCGCCAGCCACGUCAUUCGGCUGCGAAAGGCAACCGGCGGCAUCCUCCUCACUGCGAGCCACAACCCCGGCGGCCCCCAGAAUGACUUCGGCAUCAAGUACAACCUCGCCAACGGUGGCCCCGCCCCCGAGUCCGUCACCAACAACAUCUACGAGGCCUCAAAAACCUUGACCUCGUACAAGCUCGCCUCCAUCCCCGACGUCGACAUCUCCGCCGUCGGCGCAAAGACGUACGGCGCCCUCGAGGUCGAGGUCAUUGACAGCACCGCCGACUACGUCGCCAUGCUCAAGGACAUCUUCGACUUUGCCACCAUCAAGCGCUUCUUCUCCGCCCACCCCGACUUCAAGGUCCUCUUCGACGGCCUGCACGGUGUCACGGGCCCCUACGGCAAGGCCAUCUUUCAAGAGGAGCUCGGCCUCGCCGGGGCCACGCAAAACUGCGAGCCCAGCCCCGACUUCAACGGCGGCCACCCGGACCCCAACCUGACCUAUGCCCACUCCCUCGUCGAGGCAGUCGACAGCAAGGACAUUCCCUUUGGCGCCGCCUCGGACGGCGACGGCGACCGCAACAUGAUUUACGGCGCCAAUGCCUUCGUCUCCCCCGGCGACUCCCUCGCCAUCAUCGCCCACCACGCCAAGCUCAUCCCCUACUUCCGGAAGAAGGGCGUCAACGGCCUCGCCCGAUCCAUGCCCACCUCGGGCGCCGUCGACCUCGUCGCCAAGGCCCAGAAGCUCGACUGCUACGAGGUCCCCACCGGCUGGAAGUUUUUCUGCGCCCUCUUCGACGCAAACAAGCUCUCCAUCUGCGGCGAGGAGAGCUUCGGCACCGGCAGCGACCACAUCCGCGAAAAGGACGGCCUCUGGGCCAUUGUCGCCUGGCUCAACAUCAUCGCCGCGCUUGGCGUCCAGAACCCCGGCGUGGCGCCCUCGAUUAAGCAGAUCCAAAAGGACUUUUGGACCCAGUACGGCCGCACCUUUUUCACCCGCUACGACUACGAGGACGUCGACUCGGAUGGCGCCAACAAGGUGGUUGGAGAGCUCAAGAACCUAGUCGCCGACCCGGGCUUUGUCGGCAGCAAGAUUGGAGAGCGCACCGUCACCAGGGCGGGCAACUUUUCCUACACGGACCUCGAUGGCUCCGUCGCCUCUAACCAGGGCCUCUACGCCUGCUUCUCCUCCGGCAGCCGCGUCGUCGUCCGCCUCUCCGGCACCGGCUCCUCUGGCGCCACCAUCCGGCUCUACAUUGAGCAGCACAGCAGCGACCCGUCGACGUACGACAUGGACGCCCAAGACUUCCUCAAGGCAGAGGUCAAGUUCGCCACGGAACUGCUCAAGUUCAAGCAGCACGUUGGCCGCGACGAGCCCGACGUCAGGACCUGA